UCCUAGGUUUUCAUAUAGGAAACCACAGUAGGACUUUUGAAUACAGAAACAGUUGACUGCUGUUUAAUAAUAAGGGGAAACAAGGAGAGAACUUGUGCUGGUCAUCUUGAAGCUACACAGCAAGGUGUUAAAUAGGCAAUAAUGAACCAAACAGACAGAAAUGAACAAGAUGUUCCUGCAUAUCUUAAUGAGGAGCCACCAGAAGAUUCAUUAAAAGAUCAUCCACAGCAGCAGCCCGGCAUGCUUUCUCGUGUGACUGGUGGCCUCUUCAGCAUAACAAAGGGAGCUGUUGGUGCCACAAUUGGUGGUGUAGCAUGGAUAGGAGGGAAAAGCCUAGAAAUGACCAAAACAGCAGUAACAGCCGUGCCUUCCAUGGGAGUAGGAUUGGUAAAAGGAAGUGUUUCUGCUGUGACAGGAGGUGUUACAGCUGUAGGAUCUGCUAUCACAAGCAAAGUGCCUUUAACAGGGAAGAAGAAGGAUAAGUCUGACUAAAAGAGAGAGAAACUGAGGCCAAGGAAGUUGCUUCUGUGGUUGUGGAAUCUGCAGAAAUGGACUGCUACAAAGCCACAGGUCUUAAGACUCCUAUAAAGAGCUGUGUGAAUGACUUUCACCUGAAAGGGACAAGAGCCGUGUGAUACCCCAGUGUCUGGAAUUUCAUUUAAAACGAUAGAUUUCUUCAAGCACUCAUCUGUGAAAUGUUACACUUGAUGAACAUGGAAUCAAGUACAUGGAUCUGAAAGGGUAGCUCACAUAUGAAUAUUAACUCACUGUAGAUCUUUUUUGCAGUCUUGAACUAAAAAUGUGAAAAUAAAAAUGGAGGGAAUGACCUAGCAAAAGGUGAAGCACUUUGAAGUCCUGUUGGUCCCAAUGGGAGGGGCUAAAGCCUGUGCUUACCUGCCCCUUUAGUAUCAGUUGAACAUUAAAGUGCUUUAAAUAUUGGCUAGAUCAUGUCCUCAGUUGGUAACUUCUACAGUACCAUAAAUAUAUUGAUGUUCUAGCUGCAAGCCUAUGGCGUCUGUAUUUUUUUUUUAUAAAGAAUCAUUGAACUGCUUAAAGGGUCUUCAUAUAUCUUUGCUUUUUGAAACUAUUUUUAUACACUCUAUAAACUCUGAAUGGUGACUGCAUUCACUCUGUGUGUGCAUGUGUGUGCGUGUGCCUCUAUAUAUAUAUGUAGUUGUGUGGUAUACCAAUCUAAUCAUUCAUGCCUUAUGGUGAAAAACAAUCUAUUUUUUCUUAGUGACUGGAAGGAUUUUGUAAUUUCCCUCAUUUCAAUGCAGUCUGUGAAAGAAGCUUUACUUUUUUAACACUGUUCAUACUGACUGAAGAGAUGACUGCUAAAUCUCAGGUGUAACUUGCUGGUUUCCAAACCCCCGCCUCAAAAUGAAAACUCCUUUGUGCUGUUAGUUUGUUUAAACUGAAGUGUAUGUCCAAGUUUACAGUCCAUACAUUACUGGAUAAUUUCUAGCUUAGAAUAAAAACACUUUUUGUGGCUUCUAGUCCAACAAUACAAAUGAUUCUAAAACCCGCUUCUUGAACACUGCCAUGAAUUCAACAACAGCUGCUGCUAUGCAUCAUUUGUUUCAGUGUUGCAGAUGAAAAUGAGUAGAGUCUGUGCAGGUUGAUGGGUUAGACAAUACCAUUUUCACUAUGAAAACAUAGACCUUCCUAGAAUUGGCAGCUCAGUAGGUAGUUUUGCUGAAAAUUGGGGGGAGGGGCGGGACGACGACAAAAUAGCACCGAAGACUGGCAAUGAUAAAAUCCAAGUGAUUAAAAAUAACUAGGUGACUUGCAUAGAAAUUAAUUUAACACAUACAUUUUCAAGGUUUCCUGAACAACAUGUAGAUUUAUCAUUUGCUCUCUUGCUCCUAAUUCAUAAUCCAUUAACUCCAAAGUAGCCCUCAAAUUAGUGGACUGUAAUGCGGGUCAAUGGGGUUCAUGCCUUGCAAAUUUCAUUUGGAAACACUUCAGCAUGUUCUUGUUGACUUUGUAGUGUUUUUGGUAGUAUAAAGAUGGCUGAAGUACACAUGAAUAUUCUGUACGCUACAUUUCCUAAAAUGUAUGUGUUAAAAUCAAGAAAAAGCUAAGCACCUGAGCUUCAUUGAUUCUAAUUCUAAACAGUAGAUUCAUGUUUUCCAUUUUUGUUUUGUUUUGCUGACAGCCAAAAGCCAUUGUUUGUCAAAAAUCACUUAUUCUAGUUUCUAGAAUUUUGUGCAUUAAACAGUCUGAUAUAAAUGA